UACAGACAUUUGUGACGGGUUUGCUUCUUUAUGAACUCCCCGCCCCUUUUAAACGUAAUUUCCUGCAGCUGCCUUGUUACUUCCUGCAAGAUGGCGUCUGGUGUGGAAAUUGCAGUUCCAGACAGCAGCCAUGAAGAAUCUGAAUGCAGCACAGCCUCCCUGAAAAGGGAAGACCGGUUGAGAAAAUUUCGGGAACUGCAUUUUAAAAGGAAUGAAGCUCGCAAACUGAACCACCAGGAAGUCGUCGAAGAAGACAAAAGACUUAAACUGCCGUCAAACUGGGAAGCAAAGAAGGCUCGGCUAGAGUGGGAACUACAAGUAGAUGAGAAGAAGAAGGAAUGCGCAGCAAAAGGAGAAGAUUACAACAGGGUGAAGCUGCUGGAUAUCAGUGCUGAGGAUGCUGAAAGAUGGGAAAGGAAGAAAAAGAAGAGGAAUCCAGACCCAGGAUUUUCAGAUUAUGCUGCUGCGCAGUUACGUCAGUAUCAGAGACUCACUAAACAGAUUAAGCCUGACAUGGAGAAUUAUGAAAAACAGCGCGAGGAGUGUGGAGAGGAAUUCUAUCCUACAUCGAACAGCCUGUUGCAUGGAACUCACGUGCCUUCAAAAGAAGGAGUCGAUAGGAUGGUAGAAGAUGUGGAGAAACAGAUUGAGAAGAGAGCCAAGUACAGCAGACGCAGAGCAUACAAUGAUGAUGCUGAUAUCGACUACAUUAAUGAGAGGAAUGCCAAGUUCAACAAGAAAGCAGAAAGAUUCUAUGGAAAAUACACUGCUGAGAUCAAGCAGAACUUGGAGAGAGGCACUGCAGUUUAACAUCUAUUGUGUACAUUCAGAUCCAUUGCUCUUAAAUAAGACUGCGUAUAGUCUUUUUUUUUUUUUUUUUUCACAAAACAACUUGUAACUUACAUUUUGGUACCAUUAUGUUUUGAUAUGUACCUCUUAGAACAGUGAUUAGGACAAACUAUUUCAUAAUAUCGUAUAAUGGGUAUUGUUUCUAUAAUGAACUUCUGUAUGCACAAAUAGAAAAGUUAUGUGAACAUAGUUUUGUUUUAUUGUAAGGAUGUUGCUUUUAUUUUCAUUUUACUUUGUAUAUUGUAAUUUAAGUUGUAUCUUCAUCAGUAAACCUUUUUCUCAUCUGC